UGAUGGAUUAAAGUGACAAAAGCAUCAUCAAUCCAACUGGCUGGCCAAAGAGAAUUUUGCAAAACCAAGGAAAGGUGACCUGACUACUCCUGUGAACAGUAGCCAAAGGACAAUCAGUUAUGCCCGUUUGGGUAUUUGGAUCUGGAUGAAGUUGUUUCAUCAGUGGGUGAUUCAUCUCCUAUUUGUCUUUUAAAUCCGAGAGAGGCAAGGUAUAAAAAAGGAGUGUGGGGGGAGGGGCGCCAGCACUCCCCGGAAGCUCUUCCCAGGUGGGUGAAACCGAGGCGCUCAAAGCCCACAGAGAUGCCAAAACGUCCAGGCUCCUAGAGAGGUCGCCACGCCCCGGGUCACCGAGCCCCGGAAGUGGGCGGGAUUUCCGUGCUGGCUGGACUCUUCGCCAGCUCCAUCUGUAGGAAACCCGGGAAAGCAUUCCAUAGGGGGAAAGCACCUCUUUCCCAGUUUCCUGUAUAGGAGAAAAAGGUAGAAGAGGGGGAUCUGGAGCUUAAACCUUAGAUGGAGUGAAACUUUUCAAGAACCCAAAGAACCCAUAUAUGACUUCAACCUUAAGCUCUCCAGUGCCAGCACCUGAGGAGAUUCUUCAAAGGUCCUUGAUGAUAAAGGUCAUGGAAGACUCUAUAUGGGAACAGGAAGCCUCUCCAGAAUUAGAAGACUCUGGCCCUGAGAGCUUUCGACAGCGUUUUCGAUGGUUCCACUACCAGGAGGCAUCGGGCCCCCGGGAAGCUCAUAACAAGCUUAGAGAGCUCUGCCACAGGUGGCUUAGGCCUGAGCUUUACACUAAGGAGCAGAUCCUGGAAUUAUUGGUGCUUGAGCAGUUCCUGACCAUUUUACCUGGAGAAAUACAGACUCAUGUUCGAGAGAGAUGUCCAAAGAGUGGGGAGGAGGCAGUGGCUCUAGUGGAAAGUUUGCAGAAGGAACCAAGGAGACCCAGGCGGUGGGUGACAGUCUGUGUUCAUGGACAGGAAGUGCUCUCAGAACAGUCUACCACCUUGGGCACAUUGAGGGAAUCAGUAAAUAUUCCACUGGAGAGAACAGAGCCCCAGGCUGAAGAAGAAGGCCAGGAAGAGGGACUCCAAAGCCCUAAACUAGGACCAUUAGAGGACUCCUGUUCUGAUUCUGAAGAAGAAUCACAGCCCAUUCAAGAGAGAGCUCUGCCUACUCCCCUGGUUCCUGUCCUUCCCCAGGAGGGGAGCACCAGACACUGGGAGAUGGCAGCUGCACUUCCUGGGGCUGGAUUACAGGGUCUGGUGACAAUCAAGGACGUGUCACUAUGCUUCUCUCAGGAAGAGUGGCGGAGCCUGGACCCAUCUCAGACAGACUUUUAUGGAGAAUACAUCAUGGAAGAAAACUGUGGAAUAGUGGUCUCUUUGAAGUUUCCAAUUCCUAAAGUGGAUAUGAUCUCCCAACUAGAAGGGGAAGAGCAAUGGGUCCCAGACCCCACUCAGGACUUAGAAGAAAGGGACAUCCCAAGAAUCACUUAUCCAGGAGAUAGAAGUGAGUAUGACGGAAACAGCCCUGAGCUGGAGCCGGGAUCGCACGGUACAUUAUCCAGCAUGUCUGAGGAUGCUUUUCUCUGGAGCUCAGAAAGGGAAGGGGCCUGGGAGACUAUGCCAAAUAAUGCCAUGAGAAAGAAACGGAGCCCAUCUGCUCCUCGGAAAAACAAUUUCCCCAACAUUCUCUGUGAUAUCGGGGCAGAUUCCUUGUUAAGCUCCCACACAUGCCUUCAGUGUGGGAAACACUUUGUUUGGGGUUCUAGCCUUGCUCAACAUCAGCAAACACACACAAGUGAGAAGCCUUAUAACUGCUCCAGGUGUGAUAAGAGCUUUGGAUGGAGACAUCACUUGGCUCGACACUUGCAAACUCACAUCCAUGAGAACCUCAGCAGGUUCCCUGUAACUGGCAAGAAAUUCCAGUGCAUUUCUCACUUGGCCAGUCCCCAAAAGGUUCAUGUCCAAGGGAAGAAACUCCCUAAGGCCAAAAAGGUAGAAGAGGUCCCUCAAGCCAGGAAGCAGUCAUGUAUUCCAUCAGGGUUGAGGUGCCAUGUGUGUAGUGAGUGUGGGAGGAGUUUUGGAAGAAGGCACCACCUAGUAAGGCACUGGCUAAUUCACACUGGGGAGAAGCCCUUCCACUGUCCUUACUGUGAGAAGAGCUUUGGCCAGAAACACCAUCUGGAUAGACACCUCCUGACCCAUCAGGGGAGUCUCCGAAGGACUUGGAACAGAGUGACAUCUCUUUUAAAACCUCACUCUGCCUCCACUAGGGCAAGCCUGUCAGGAUCCUCCCAGCUGCUGCCAGGGGAUCUCCUAAAAGGGUUGUCCCUUCCCUUGUGAUCCUUGUCCUCACUGUUUGAAUGGAUUAGGCAGUAAGAGGAGGAAAGCAGGAGGACCAAAGGGACGAUGACCCCUACACCCAUUUAGAAAGUUAAGGAUGGUAUUGUCAGUCUGCUCUCUUCACUAUUCUACUUUGACCUCAUUAGGAUUGUUUUCCUUUCAGAAAAAUAGAAAUGAAGUCCUCAUAUCAUUCCCCAUGUGAUAGGAUUAUAAUGUUCCUUUACCCUUGGAAACCUAAGUAGGGCCUAGAGAUGAAGAAGCAUUUUAUUACCUUCUCUUGACUAUUGAUAUGUCUCUAUAUGUGUGUAUGCACAGGUGCUUGCAGAAAUUUUCUAACUGUGAACCUUGUUGCAUAGUAGGUUUUUGCAGAGUUCUAGAAACAAGGAAUUUGUCAUUAAUUGAAAGAACCCUGAUGUUUGGAAAGAUUAGCCAAAUCCAAAUCAAGUUCAAAUAUAAGGGCUAGAUGAUGAGGUAAGGUAGAAAGCUUGUCCCAGGUGCAACAAUCAAGGCCCUGUUGUGGGUGGUUACCUUUGUUUAUCGGUACUUCUAGUUACUCUACAACUUCUAGGAACAGCCACCUUGCUCUCUUAGCUGAGGUUUUCUGAAUAGAAGGAGAUGUCCCUUUUAGUAGAUUUUAGGGGAAGGUGCAGAACAGAUGUGUGCUGUGUGGGCAUUAUUUAAAGUCCUGAGCAGUAAUUGAGGAUAACAGACUACUAGCCCAUUGUUCUCAUUAUUGAUCGACUUGGACUUACCCCACCAAAGGAAGGAAGACUUCGUGAAGACCAUCCUCUUGAUUCUGAUAGCAGAACUUCAGGAGAAAUAAUUGUAGAUGAACUCUGAAUUGGUCUCUGCUUUCUGACUCGGGAGAUUUCUAGGGAUUCCAUGCAAUUUGACACUAACUUCAGAGCUCUAAGAUGAUUGUAUUAUAGUACUUACUGGAUUGGUGAGUUGUUUGGUAGUUGUUUUUGUUCAUUUAAAUCUGUUCUUUUUUGUAAUCUCACAAUGUAAAAGCUUAUAAAAGCACAUGGGGGUAAGAGGGAAGGGAGAAAAAGGGAUAUAUACUAUGAGGGAAGAGGGUUGGGAAGAAUUAAGAUGUAUUAUUUUGAUGUAUUUUGGACCAGAUUCUUCUCCAUGACAAUUUUUUUUAGCAACUGGGAAAACUAACCAGAUAGUCAUCAGGAAAUGAGAUGAAACUAUCUACUUCCAUGAACAUUCUAUUGCUCAUGAAAGACUGAGUUGAUAAGAACAUCAGUCUUCUGGACUGUGCAGAUGGAAAUUUUGCCACACCUGAGUUACUUUCCCAGCAUCCUUUUAAGUUACGGCCUCAUUUUACAUAAGGAUGCUUGGGAAAUAAAUUUGGCUGUGACUCACAAGUUGUAGGGCUCUUUUUUUGGGAGCUUGUGCUUUUGGUAAAGUGCUGCAGGUGUGAGUCUCUGGCUCUCUUUGCUCUGCUCACUUGACUGAAAGAACCCAUUUUCUUUUCCCUUUUUGAUUUAUUAUUAAAAUCCUAUGUAUUUUUAAAUACUAGGAGUAUUUAUUCAUUUUUACUCCUACAAAUUUUUGGCAACCACAAAAGGGAUACCAGAACUAGAGGAAAUCAGAUUUCUUCUCCCGCCAUGGUUUUCCCUCUCCCCUUUUCCUUCUCCCUUUGGGAAACCCUUCACAGCUUUCUCAGGCUCAUUGCCAACUCCUGCCCACCAGGAGAGCCGGGUAGCUGGGUCUCUCCCUCACAGAGGCUUUUCCUGCCAUCUCCUUCUGCUGUUACUGCUGCUUGAUGUUGCUGCUACUGGUAGGCUUUAAACUCCCUGCCCCAAACCCUAGCCCAGUUGAGGGGGAGCCACUGGUUAUAGAAACAUAGAUCUAGAACUGGAAAGGACCUCAGAAACCAAAUCUAACCACUUCAUUUUAGAGUUGAAGAAAUUGAGACCUUUGGAAGUAGUGACCUAAUCGAGGUCAUACAAGGUAGUAAUCGUCUAAGUAGAGAUUUAAACCCAGGUUCUGAUUCCAGUCUAAGUAGGAACCAGAUCUGUGACUGAUGAAUACAUAAAAUCUUUGGUUAACAGACUCAAUAAAAUCUGUGGAAAAGGCUUAGUCAUGGGGAUAAAUACAGACUGAUUUGAUAUAAAUAAGUCUUAAAAUCCUGUGGAUAGGGGGCAGCUAGGUAACUCAGUGUAUUGAGAACCAGGCCUAGAGAUAGGGGGUCCUAGGUUCAAAUUUGGCCUCGUUCACUUCCUAGCUGUGUGAUGACCCUGGGCAAGUCACUUAAUCCCCAUGGCCUAGUCAUUACCACUCGUCUGCCUUGGUACCAAUAUAUAGAAUUAAUUCUAAAGCAGAAGGUAAAGGUUAAAAAAAGCCCUCUGGAAGAGCCUGAAUCUAUGACUGCUGAUGAAAGAUCCUUUUUUUUUUUGCUUAGACUAUAACUAGGUAAAUCCAGUUUUGAUAAAUAUGUUUGAGCUUUUAUAUUCUAUAUGAAAGAUGCUUAGAAAUCAUUCAUGUGCAUUUUACAAAUAAUGGAAAUGAACAAACCCAUUUGAUCCUUGAUUUUGGGGGCUCCCCUAUCAGUGCAGAUCAUAGUCCCUCAGUGCUUUAAAUGAGAGUUGCAUAAGUUGCUUUUUUAUAAAAACUCUUUCUUGGUGACCUCCAUCCUCUUUUAACAGUGAGGCUGAUUUUAAUUAGCCUCUGGUAGGACCAGAAGUCUUGAGGACUGUGCUAUCCCAGCUUUCAAGAAUCUUGUUACCAUAUCUAAAGAAACAACAGGAGGAGGGUUUUUAUGGAGAUUAAAAACAGUAAGUUCAGGAAGUCCUAAAUGAUACCUAUUACCACCAAUUAAAGGGAUCUACAAAGUAUAAAGAAACAUUGUGCAUGUCACUUUCCCCAACUUAUGGUCCCUUUUAUUUACUUCAUGUUCCCUCAAUUCCCAUCCCUACUCCAAAUCAAAUUACCAGCAGUUAGGGGAAUGCUAAUUCCAUGCUCUUAUGAGCUAUUUCCUUAUUAAAUCUGGAGAAUAGGAUUUCCAUUAAGCCUUUGACUAUGGAGGGUGUGACGUUUUUACUUUUUUUUGUUUGGUCUUGUUUUUAUUUUUUCUGAACAAUACAUGUAUUAUCAUGCAAAAAGCUUCCAUAUUGGUCGUUGUUUUAAGAGCAUCCUCAUAAAAAACCAAAAAUCCCAAAUAAAACCAUAAAUACACUCA